AUGGAACGCCUUGCGUGCCAGAAGCGCCCACUGUCGAACCAAUGGCUGGGACUUCACGAUCUUGGAACACUCGCUGCUUUGAAGCUUACGAUGUUCUGUGGCCUCUUCGAGAUCUUCGACAUCGGACCAAUACGGGGAUUUGCUUGUGGUCUCUGGGAAUGUUGCGACCAAACAACGUGGGCUUUGCAGGUGAGGUUAUUCGUAAAUGUUGGUGGCGUGACUGCUGGUGGUGAUCCUCCGUUGCAGACCGCAGGCUGGACUCAAGGCCGUGGCUAUUCCCAUGCAAGAGCCAAACACUAUCCAGCCUACUCCGUACAGGGCGAUGAACCCCAUUCUCGGGACUGGUUCAUUACUUAUUAG